AGAUUCAAGAUGGCGGAAAGCAUGAAUCCACCUACCAUUCUUCCAAAGUCACAUGGUACUAGUGAAGUGGCCAGACCACAAGGUCUCUAUGGAGUAUCAGACAAGAUGAAAAUGGGACCCUUAGGUGCCAAAGAUCAACUCGCGGCAUCUCAUCCACUGGAAUUCUCUGAAAUAAAUUAUACCAAAAACCAACAAGCACUAGACAUGAGAAUGCUGAGAAAUACCCAAGGGCUUCAUGCUCCUCUUAAACUACAGAUGGAAUAUGCUGUUGCUUCUAAGAUCCAAAGACUUCCUGGUCUUCCAAGCUCCAUGAUAGCUUUAGAUACACUCCUUGGGACAGAUGAAACUAUAGGAUUUGAAGAUGUACUGGGAGCCCCAGGUGAUGCAGAAGUGGCUGGUGACAUUCAUAGUAUGAUGGAAAGAAAACUUGGACUCCCUAACCUAUAAAUAAUGUAUAAAGCUGACAGUAUAAAAGGUUGUCAAAGAGUGAACGGAGAUUAAGACCCUAUAGUAGUAAUACUAAUGACCGAAUUUAAACACUAAAAUUCUUAAGUUAACAAAUUAUUCUGAACUUGAAUAGUACCAGACAAAACGUAAGUUGUUUGAAAUAUUUACUAUAAGAUAAGUUAAAAAAAACUCAACUCCAAAGCUCAUUCGCACCUUCAUUUAUGAUUCAUAUUGUUUUUUUUUCAUGGAUUAUUCAGGACUCGUUAUUUUUUCCUGUGUUAACAAGUAUUAAUUCUAGAUCUUAAUACAUUUUAGUCUUAGUUCUGUCAACCUUUUCGCAUUCUUGUCGUGCAAUCCUUUGAAGAAUCCUCUGCUUGAAAUUUCACAUUAAAUGUCUUUUACCUAAC